AUGGUUCAUCCAGAAUUCAACGUUAGAGGAUCAAUCUUCUUUGUGGUUCUGAAGAGGAGUAUAUUACAUUCACGUUUAACCAUCUUGGAUAUGAAGUCUCCAACUGAAUCCCUUACAGGGUAUAAGCCUCUGAAGAAGCGAAAACAAGAAAACAAACCACAGGAGAUGGGAAGUGCUACUGGAGGAAAUAAAGCAGCUUCUCAGGAGACAGGUUCUGCGGGAAAUGGGGUGAGGCCAGCAUUAAUGGUUAGUAUUGAUCUGCAGCAAGCAGGAAGAGCUGACUCUCAGUCAACAGUAACUGACGAUUUGGACACCAUCCAAAAAAAUGAAGAAAUUAAGCAAUAUAAUGAUGGGUUGGUGUUUGUUCCCCAAGAAGACGCUAUUGGAGUUCUUAAAUCCAAACCUGAAAACCAUCCCGAGAUUUUUAGGAAAACAUCAGACUUUGAGGGUCAAAAGACAGAUAUCCAGCAAAAUGAAAACAGACAAAUGGAAUUUCAGCAAAAUGUGAGCAGGCGGUUGGAAAGUAAACACAGUGAGAACAAACAGGUAGAACCUAAAUGUGAAAGCAAGCAUGAAAACAGACAAAUGGAAGUGAAACACAAUGAAAAUAGACAGACAGAAUCAAAACAAAACGAGAGCAGGCAAAUGGAGAUGAAACAAAAUGAGGGAAAACAAAAUAAUGGCAAGCAGGAAAUAAGGCAGAGGCCUGAAGUGCCAAAACAGAAGAAUGAAGGCAGGCCUGAAACACCAAAGCAUAGACAUGAUAACAGGAGGGACUCAAGUAAACCACUUUCAGAUAAGAAAAUUGAAAUAUCUAGGCAUAAACUAGAUGUGAAAUUUGAUCCUUCAAGGAUAAAAUCUGAAAGUAGAUCUGAUCCAACAAAACAAAGGCCUGAUGGGCAUUCAGUUUCUGGUACACUGAGACGUGACCAUGAUAGUCUUAAACAAAUAUCUGAGGACAGGGAAGAGUCAGAGAGAUACAGAGGAGAUCCAUCCAAGAUUAGAAGGCCUGAAUAUUUGAGAUCCUCAAACAAAAAUGAACAUGAUUCUAAACAUGUUAUUAAAUCUGAUGGUUCAAAAAUUGAGAAAUUUGAAAGGAAACACAGGCAUGAGUCUGGAGAAUCAAGGGAAAGGUUUUCUUCUGGGGAUCAGAAAUCAAGACCUGACAGCCCUCGCAUUAAACAGGACAAUUCUAGUAAAUCAAGACCUGAUAAACCUGCUUUUAAAUCACCCAACAGCAAGGAUGAACGAAGGACAGAUGGUAAUAAGAGUAAAGCAGAUAAUAAUAAAGCAUAUGCUGACAGUAAAGCAGAGUUUCCCAGUUAUUUACUGGGGGCAAGAUCUGGCUCAUUGAAACAUUUUGUCAUUCCAAAAAUCAAGCGUGAUAAAGAUGGCAACAUCACUCAGGAGUCAAGAAAAACUGAAUUUAAAGGUGAUCAGAAGGAUAAAGUAGAGAAGAUUGGGCUAGUUGAAGAUCUAAAUAAAGGAGCUAAGCCUGUAGUUGUCCUUCAAAAGCUUUCAUUGGAUGAUGUGCAGAAAUUUAUUAAGGAUAGAGAAGAUAAAUCAAGGGGGUCUUUUAAACCUAACAAGAACAAGUCAUCUAAAUCUAAUAAAG